ACUUAAUGCCAGUCAAAGGUCCCCUUAAUCUCGGGUACGUCAGGAACAUAGACUCUCUCAUUGGCUGCUCACCCUCCAAUCCUCCCCAAUGAACCCUGGGGUCCCCCGUUCGCCGUCAUCCCAAGAUACCGUACAUCCCAUACUCCAUACCGCCCGGAUACCGCCCAGAUAUUGCCCAGCACCCCCCUCUCCUCAGACCCGUUUCGAACUUCACCUUGCCUCGUUUGAGAUCUUACCCAUUCUACUCCUCCUCUCAACCCUCAACACACUCCCUUGAUACUAUCAUGACUUCCAGUCAAACAAACACUCUCCUUCAUUGUUGACCUUUCGCUCUGUCAAUCCCGUCGUGUACAUACAUAUCAGACGAAUACGCGAUACCUCAUCCACAUGCGAUACAGCGCAAUCUACCAACACACAUAGGAGUUGAUCUCUGAACCACUCACUCUCUGAACCUCAUGCUUUCUUCCUGCGCUCUUUAGCAAUAUACCCUCGUUUUUUUCCUGCUUCAAUGCGUGUUUGAUACCGCAACGACCGAAGCCAAAUAUCUCGACGCUGCGACACCAGCAAACACAUUACACCUUCUCUCAAUAAUCUAUCUCGAUUGACCGAUUUUACACACCGAUCAACCACCACACUCUCUAUCCGCCAUGUUACCCAAUCUACGUGGCCUCGCCGGCCUCUCCCUCGUCGCUCUUCUUGGCCUCGCGACAGCCCAAACAUUCACAGACUGCGAUCCUACGACAAAGGAGUGUCCCGAAGAGGCUGCGCUGGGUAUGAAAUACAACUUCGAUUUCACCCAGGAAUCCAACGGCUCAACCUGGAACGUGGAGGCAGGCAAUGCCAAUUAUCAGAAAGACGGCGUUCUUCUUCCCAUCAAUGCAAAGAAGCAGGCGCCGACGCUCGUAUCGCAGUUCACCAUCAUGUUUGGCAGAGUCGAGGUCCACAUGAAGGCGGCCCGUGGAAAGGGAAUCGUAUCGUCCAUCGUCUUGCUUUCCAAGGAUCGCGAUGAGAUUGACUGGGAAUUAAUCGGUGGCAACGAAACCCACGUCCAAUCGAACUACUUCGGUAAAGGAAACGAGACAUUAUUCGACAGGGCUUUCUGGCAUCCUCUCAACAAGCCCAUGGACGAGUUCCACAACUACACGCUUCUAUGGACCGCGAAACAAUUGGACUUCUUCGUCGACACUGAGAAAGUCCGCACUCUGAUGUACGAAGAUGCCCUCGGUGGCAAGAACUACCCCCAGACACCUAUGACCGUCAAACUCGGCGUCUGGGCAGGCGGUGACCCUGACAACAGCAAAGGCGUCAUCGAAUGGGCAGGCGGCGAGACCAAUUACGACAAUGUGCCCUUCCACAUGUAUGUGAAGAGCGCCGAAAUUGAAGAUUUCACCACCGGCGCCAAAGCAUACAAGUACGGCGACCUCACCGGAAGCUGGGAGAGCAUCCAAUCCAUCCCCGGCAACUCCACCCAGCGCCUCCUCCUCCUCGACAUCAAGCCCCCCCCAGCACCCACCAUAAGCGACAAAUUCAACGCCCUCCCCUCCUCCUCCAAAAUCGCCAUCUACGGCGGCGCUGGCGGCGCCGCCUUCCUCCUUGCUGCCGCCUGCCUCUUCUCGUGCUGCCGCAAACGCCGCCAGGGCGCCCGCGAGGCCAAGGCCUUCCGCGCUAAGCAAGAAGCCAUGGACCGCGAAGACGAGGCUUAUCAGAUCGAACUCAAAGCCGCGGGGAUCAGCCCCGACGCGCUAGGUCCCAGCGGUAUGACGGCCCAGGAAUUCGCUAGCGGUGGCGUCGUAAAGUCACCUGGACUUGACCGCUCGAUGGACCCGCCUAUGCCUACCGUACCAGCUGCGUAUCAAGGUGCAGGCGCGUCUAUCAAAUCACCCACUGGCUCCCUCCGCCCCGGCGCUGCGCCCUACGGCGACGCAGCCGGUCUGCGCAGUCCCGCGCUCGCGUCCCCCGGUUACGCAGGCGGUGGGCAGUUCAAUAGCCCCCGCUCUCCUGGUCCGGGGGGGUACUCGGUGAACUCGCGCAAUGUGAGCGGGGGCGGGUAUGUGCCAGCGGCGGCGCCGAAUAAUUCGACCGAAUACUUUGCGCCGCAGCCCAGGACCAAUACACAGGGCUCGUGGAAUAGUGCGGCGGCGGAGAAUAUGGGCAGGUCGGGAAGCUCGAAUUCGCAGAGGCCCAGGGGGAAUGGGGGGUAUGGCGGGGGUGCGUUUUAAGGUGUCUAGGGUGCCUGAAGCGUCUGGGCCGCAGGGCUGGCGGUUAUGAAGUUUGGGGG